AUGCCCCGUAGAAGAAAAGAAGACCAAGAACGGGAAGAUAAAUUUGUGAAACCAGUUCAGAGAAAUGCCGCCAAUGCAAGGGAAAGAUCUCGAAUGCGUGUUUUAAGUAAAGCAUUUGGAAAAUUAAAAACGACAUUACCGUGGGUACCAGCUGAUACAAAACUUUCAAAAUUAGAUACGUUACGACUUGCGUCUAGUUAUAUAGCACAUCUACAGCAGAUAUUAGCUGCGGAUUUCGACACGAUUCAGCAUUCUUACGUUCAUCCUCUUAAUUUGACUUGGCCGUUUACAUUUAAUGGUCGAAUGGUGACAGGCGGUGACGGAAGCUCACAA